UUUGAAAGAACGCUGUUUAUGUCGAAACGCUUCGAGGCAUGGCUGAAACGUCGUUUCAUUUCGGUGCGAGAGACGGAGACGUCAGAGUGCUAAGUAAGGCAUCAAAAAAGGACGUCAACAAGACCGACGGAUCGGGAAUGACGCCUCUGCAUUGGGCUUCAUGGCACGGCAGUCUUGAUGCCCUCAAACUGCUAGUCCACAAAGGAGCUAAUCCAAACCUGCCCGACAAAGAUGGAAGCACGCCUGUUCAUAUUGCUGCAUCGAUGGGUCACACUGCCACUCUGAGGCACUUGGUCGAGAAGGGUGGCAAUAUCUGGGCUCUCGACAAUCAAGGACAGACACCCGCCAUGGCUGCUGCCACUCGAAGGCGAGCUGAGUGCUUCAAGUACUUGGAUUCGCUCAGUGUUCGGCUGCAGGUCGAGACAUCGGGUGCAGUGCAAAAGAUGCAGCAGAGAGCAAUCAAGGAAGCCGAGAAACGAAUGAAGCAGCUGAGAAAGAAGCAGAUUGAACAAAAUAAACACACGGCAGCACCGACAAAGACAGGAGAAGGGAAGACGAUGGGAAAGAAGUCAAAGACUUAUGCCAAGUUGCCCACAGCAGGACAAGUCUCCGAUGUUGUCCAGCAGUUGCCUGUCAAGCCAAGUACUGUGAGUGGUUUCAGGCAACGGAUUUUGAGUUCUCCCAUGAUAGCAAAUCCCGGACAAUUAAAGUUGAACACGAUGUACCGUCAGGUUGCAUUAGGCAACUUUGUUUUAAAGCCAGCUGAAACACCAAAGAAGGAAGACGAUCCCAAAGGGAUGUUGUCGUUCAAGAGCUUUGAUACACUCGAUAGUGAACAGGCAGACAAUGCCAAGGAACGUGUUGGCCAUCAUCAUCUUCGUCGUGUCGGAUCAACUGGAUCGAUUCGAAUUAGUCCCAAUCUGGGUGAAGAAGACAAGAAGCAGACGGCUGCUACAAUACGAGGUAUAUUUCGGAAUGAAGUAAGUGCAACUGCUGGUCUGGUCAACACACUCUCGUCACUAAAAACUCCUCAACCAGCAGACAUGGCAGUAUCGGCAAAUAAUUCUUCCUAUUCGACCACCAGUGAACGACAAGGACGGCGGAGCAGAACAACUUCACUUUCUGAUGCAGCACAAAAUAAUGAGGAAUCUGUCAAAGCCAAUGAUGGUGAACCAUUAGAUGACACAGAUGCUGCCGCAGCUGUAGCACCAGAAAUCGAGGUGGACAACCCUUUGGCAGCAUUGUUGGCUGCACUAGAACUGGAAAGCAUACUCGAUCUCUUGGAGAAGGAACGCAUGGAUCUCGAUGCUUUAGCUCUGUGUAGUGACUCUGACCUGAAGGAGAUCAAUAUCCCUUUGGGUCCUCGUCGAAAAAUAAUGGCCGCCAUCAGACGACGCAAUGAUGCUAUGCAGACUGCGAGACAUAUGAAAGACACGCCAAUUUAGUUAAUAACUAAUCUAUUAGUAGAUUCAAUUAAUUAGUUAUUUUUAAAUUGUUUGAUUUGAUGCGUCGUGAUUAGCAAAACAGCGAUACCGUGAAGAA